UCAACAACACGGCACAGUAGAAGAGAAAGAAAAAUCAAAACCCAAACUUAUCGGCAAAGAGAUCGCAAAACCCAUGAUCUUAUUCUUAUACACACGAUCCCGUGCUAUAUAACUCGCUUAAAGUCUCCAGCUUUACGAGAGAAGUCUCUGUCUUUUAUCCAUUCAAAACGGUGGAGAUGAUGAAUCGAGUUCUGAUAGCUGUAGUAGUGGCAUUAGCUCUUGUAGCUUCGUCGGCGUUAUUACCGGUGGAAGGGAAGAAGCCCUUGUCGUCUGCUCCGAGAAAGGAGGAUGUUCCGUAUAUCAAGUGUCAGGUGUGCGAGAAGCUAGCGUCGCGUCUGCACAAGCUAGUGAAGGAGAAGCAAGCUGAGAUCUCUCCCAAGAAGAUCUCGGAGUAUGAGAUCAUUGAGAUAGCUGAAAACGUGUGUAACUUGAAGAAAGAGGAAGCUGAUUGGAUGCUUAAGAUUGAUAUUGUUGAGAAAGGUGAUAAGCUUCAGCUGGUUGAACAAGAAGAAGAAGGGAUGUGCAAUUCAGAGUGCAAGACGAUCGAGGCCGCUUGUCAAAAGGUCAUUGGUUACUCAGACACUGAUGUUGCGGAGUAUAUAUACAAGUCUAAGCCUGAUCUUGCUUCACUUGUUAACCAUCUUUGCAAAGACCUUACCGAUGCUUGUACCAAGAUCCCUCCUCCUCUUCCCAAGGAUCGAGUUCCUGGAGAACCAUUUGUGGCAAAACCAUCGAAAGAUGCUGAAAUGGACAAGAUCAUGAGAUCUAUGCAGGGUAUGCCAGGAGCACCUGGCAUGAAAGUAUACUCUAGGGAAGAUUUAGAGAAGUACAAGGCAAACCCUGAAAAAUUCGGUACUGAAGAUGAAGAUGGUGACGACGAUGAUGAAGAUGAGGAAGAGGAUGACAAGUUCCCCAAGAACUUGGGAAAAGUUCUGAGAGAGAAAGAGACUAAUAAAAAGGAAGAGUGGAAGAAGACAGUCACUAAGUUACUCAAGAAGAAAGGAGAGUCUCUGAGGGGAAAGAUGAAGAUGGUGUCGAACCGGGUGAGGAGAUGGUGGAAAGGAUCUUCUUCUUCGAAGAAACCUAAAUCCGGGAAAUCUGAACUAUAGGAGGAUAAUUCAAACUUGCUCUGUGUUUUAGCUGUCUUUGUUUAGUUUCUUAUCUAUCUUUUCAAGAGUAAUGAGAGAGACAUCAGUGUUCUGUAAACACGAAAAAAGGAACAUACAAAUGUAAUGGUUGUUUAGAUCAAAAUCAUGAAUUCAAGUUUGAAGCAAA